UCGGGCCCGAACAGUCCGCGGGCCGCCAUGGCGACAGGCGCCGACGUGCGCGACAUUCUGGAGUUGGGUGGGCCGGAGGGCGAUGCGCCGGGGCCCAUCAGCAAGAAGGACAUCAUCAACCCAGACAAGAAAAAGUCCAAGAAGUCAUCAGAGACGCUGACGUUCAAGAGGCCAGAGGGCAUGCACCGAGAGGUCUACGCUUUGCUCUACUCCGACAAAAAGGAUGCACCCCCUCUGCUCCCCAGUGAUACCACUCAAGGAUACCGCACAGUGAAGGCCAAGCUAGGAUCCAAGAAAGUUCGACCCUGGAAGUGGAUGCCUUUUACUAACCCUGCCCGCAAAGAUGGGGCCAUGUUCUAUCACUGGCGGCGUGCAGCUGAGGAAGGCAAGGACUAUCCCUUUGCUAGGUUCAAUAAGGCUGUCCAGGUGCCCGUCUAUUCAGAGCAGGAGUACCAGCUGUACCUGCAUGACGAUGCCUGGACCAAGGCAGAGACUGACCACCUCUUCGACCUGAGCCGGCGCUUUGACCUGCGCUUCGUGGUCAUCCACGAUCGCUACGAUCACCAGCAGUUUAAGAAACGGUCGGUGGAGGACCUGAAGGAGCGUUACUACCACAUCUGUGCCAGGCUGGCCAAUGUCCGGGCUGUGCCAGGCACUGACCUCAAGGUGCCCGUCUUCGAUGCUGGGCAUGAACGGCGGAGGAAGGAGCAGUUGGAGCGGCUCUACAACCGCACCCCUGAGCAGGUGGCAGAGGAGGAGUACCUGGUUCAGGAGCUCCGCAAGAUCGAGGCACGCAAGAAGGAGCGGGAGAAGCGCAGCCAAGACCUGCAGAAGCUCAUCACAGCCGCCGAUACCACGGCGGAGCAGCGGCGCACUGAGCGCAAGGCCCCCAAGAAGAAGCUGCCACAGAAGAAGGAGACCGAGAAGCCGGCUGUCCCGGAGACAGCGGGCAUCAAGUUUCCGGACUUCAAGUCUGCCGGAGUCACCCUUCGAAGUCAGAGGAUGAAGCUUCCAAGCUCUGUGGGGCAGAAGAAGAUCAAGGCCUUGGAGCAGAUGCUUCUGGAGCUCGGAGUGGAGCUGAGCCCGACGCCCACCGAGGAGCUGGUCCAGAUGUUCAACGAGCUCCGCAGCGACCUGGUGCUGCUGUACGAGCUGAAGCAGGCCUGCGCCAACUGCGAGUACGAGCUGCAGAUGCUGCGGCACCGCCAUGAGGCCCUGGCCAGAGUGGGGCCCCUGGGGGCCGCCCCCCCGCCCCCUCCCAGCGCCGAGCCGCCGCCCCUGCCCGGCGAGGGCCCCGGCCCCGACCUGGCCAAGGACGCCAUCAUCGACGUCGUGGGGGCUCCCCUCACGCCCAACUCGAGGAAGCGGCGGGAAUCGGCCUCCAGCUCGUCCUCAGUGAAAAAGGCCAAGAAACCCUGAAGCUCCGGAGGCCCGAGCUGGGCUCGCGCUGCCCGGGUGGGCACCUGGGCAGUGCCCGGGUGGACAGACACGGACUGCUGUUGGGGGGGGGCUGGGCAAAUAGAGCAGCUGCUGCGUGCGGAG